AUGUUUUGGCUAGAUAUCUUUAAAGCAAAGCUGCGUCCACAUUCAGCUUAUCUCGGCCGGUAUCAGUCCACCACGCCGGGAGGUUUGGUUUUUAGUUUCACCGUGAGCCACAUCAGGUCACCUGUUUUUCCGGUUCUGCCACUCUAUCGGCCCCACACAGCUCUUUUUGCCUCAGACUUAAUUCACCACGAUCACUCUUCUUCUGCAAGCCUACAAGAUGUUCUGGGCACUUGGAGGUACAAGUCCUUCUGCAAGGACCCCGUCCUGGAGGACCAGUCCACAGGUAAGACCCACACACCUGUUUUUUUUGCCAUCAUGGAGAGGCUUCCUGUCGCCGUCCUCCUGUUUACGCUUCUGAAAGGGGGUCUUUGCAUCCAGGUGAAUGUUCCUGAGCAGGAGCGCAGCACUGCUCUGUUUGCCUCAGUCACAAUCCGCUGUGAUUACACCACCUCUGGAAGCCUCCAAGAUGUUCUGGUCACUUGGAGGUUCAAGUCCUUCUGCAAGGACCCCGUCCUGGAGUACUACUCCACAGCUUACCAGUCUGCACUACAGCUGGGACAGGACCCAGCUAACGACUGUCCGGACCGUCAGCGGACAGUGCGCGUCGUGGCCCAGAAGAGAGGAAACAACGAGCCCAUUCUGGGCUCUGAAUAUAAGAAUCGCAAGGUCACCAUCGAAAACAACUGGUUGACCGUGUUAUUCAUCGUGAUCGGCGGCCUUCUCCUCAUCAUCCUCUUCGGCAUCUGCUGCUGCCAGUGCUGCCCUCAGAAGUGCUGCUGCUAUGUCCGCUGCCCCUGCUGCCCGCAGCAGUGUUGCUGCCCCGAGAAAGCUGUGAUGCAACAUCGCAUGAUGAAGGAGGCGCAGAGGGCCAUGGCUCCCUGGUUAGGUGGACAACCCGUUUAUGCCCCUAUGAGCCACGCCUCCACCCAGAUGAACCCGAUGCUCUACUCUGGAUCUGUCUCAGGGAAAAGCAUGCCUCUCAAGCCAAUGCCCCUACCGCCCCCGCAGUCUUCGGCUUACAGCAUGCCUACUCGCAGUGUCCAGGGCGCUCACACCCCUGGAAAUAACAGCCAGAUGCUGGACUACCUGGAGAACCAAGUGCGGGGAAUGGACAUGGCAAGUCCUCUUCUGCAGUCCCAGCCGCCUCCUCAGGCGUACCAGAUGCCGCCUCCCCCUCAGCACAUGCCUCACGCCGUUCCGUUUUCCGCCGGUCCACCGAGCAUGAUCUCCGCUCUGGACGACGGUCCGGCGGAGCGCCGCGUCAUCACGCUUCCUCCCAUCAGGGAGCAGCCCCGAGGCAGAAAUCCGCCCCCGGCGCCCAAGACUCGCCCGCCAAGUUCCAGCGAGAGCAGCCGCAGCGGUUUCGGCCGCCACGACGAGCGAGGGGGCGCCGGGAGGCGUUACCCCUCCCCGGCUAGAUCCAGGGGCAUUCCCAGGAGCUACAGCGAAGAGUCGCUGGACGGGAGAGGUCGCAGCCGGUCGCGAGCGGGCCCGGACCGCCCCCGUUCCCGGUCCAGGGACGACCUGUUCGACAGCAGGUCCAGAGGAAACUACUCCCCCCCGGCGAGUAGACGCUCCCGAGGAGGAUCCUGGAGUUCGGAUGACGAGGCCAGCAGCAGAAGAGGAGGAGCGUCGGGGGGAGGAGGAGGAGGGAGGAGAGGAGGCGGAGGCUAUGCCGACAAACCUCCCAGCUACACCGAGUACGAGCCUGGACAGAAACCGGGAGCACGGAGGAAUGAGCGCUAUUCUGACAAGAGUUAUCGCAGUGGCACCAGCGUCGUCAUCUGAUUCUUCCAGCUGCGAGGCGCCCUGCGACCUCUGUUCCAGAGAACACGCACAACCCAGUCGCUACGUUUCCUGGCUACCAGGAUCUGUUAAACAGAAUAAAGCGCAAACAUUCUGAUGACGAGCUCGCAAAAAAUACCUACGAAAUGUAAGUUUGAAAGACUGUGAAACUUCUUUUUCUGAAUAUCUGAGGAAAGUUGUGGGAGAUACGCGCUCCUCCACCGGUCGGAUAAUGUAUUUAUAAUGUUCUGAAGCAGUCUGGAGCACAAAGCCUACUCUUAGAUGAUAAUUUUGUGUUACUUAAAGGACAAUGUUCAUCGGGAAGCAACACAGUUAGUUUUUAGAUGUUCUAGAUCUAUAAGACCAGAAAAAUGUAAUGUUUUAGAAAUAACACUCAGGGCCAGUUAAUAUAGCAGUAAGUGACCAUAUAAACCCCCAUGAAUAUGAAAAGACCCAUAUUAAUGCUUAUUCUUCAUCCUUUUGUAAAUAAGUUGUCUUCUCCUGGAUAUCUUGAAGUGACUACGGUGGAUUUGUUGAAUAAUCCGAGAAGCUUUUCAGCUAAAUGCUUUGUGCAUGGAUGGGAUGACAUUUUUGCACUUAGUGCUCAUAAACAGAUGUAAACUCCAUAUGUUAAAAGUCUGUUGCAUAAUGGGGAUGUUUGGAAAUGAAGAAAUGUACAGAAUUUUUACCUAUCUGAUGACUAAUUUUACCUUCUUACAUUUUUUUCUGUUACAUUUAUGUUUGAUGUUUCUUUUGUUUUCGACUGUACAGUCGGUAAUUAAAUUGAUAAUAAACUUUGCUCCCUUUUGGGAAUAAGCGUUUGUUCUG